GAUGGUUGCAUCGAGCAGGGUGGCUCCAGGAUGUUAGGGGCUGUGAAGAUGGAAGGGCACGAGAGCAGCGACUGGAACAGCUACUACGCCGACACACAGGAGGCCUACUCCUCGGUCCCGGUCAGCAACAUGAACUCGGGCCUGGGCACCAUGAAUUCCAUGAACACGUACAUGACCAUGAACACCAUGACCACGAGCGGCAACAUGACCCCGGCUUCGUUCAACAUGUCCUACGCAAACCCGGGCCUUGGCGCCGGCCUGAGCCCCGGGGCGGUGGCUGGCAUGCCGGGCGGCUCUGCGGGCGCCAUGAAUACCAUGACGGCGGGCGUGACGGCCAUGGGGACGACGCUGAGCCCGGGCGGCAUGGGGGCCAUGGGCGCGCAGCCCGCGGCCUCCAUGAACGGCCUGGGCCCCUACGCGGCUGCCAUGAACCCGUGCAUGAGCCCCAUGGCGUACGCGCCGUCCAAUUUGGGCCGCAGCCGGGCUGGUGGCGGCGGAGACGCCAAAACUUUCAAGCGCAGCUACCCACACGCCAAGCCGCCCUACUCGUACAUUUCCCUCAUCACCAUGGCUAUCCAGCAGGCGCCCAGCAAGAUGCUCACACUGAGCGAGAUCUAUCAGUGGAUCAUGGACCUCUUCCCCUAUUACCGGCAGAACCAGCAGCGCUGGCAGAACUCCAUCCGCCACUCGCUCUCCUUCAACGACUGCUUCGUCAAAGUGGCCCGCUCCCCGGACAAGCCGGGCAAGGGUUCCUACUGGACGCUGCACCCGGACUCCGGCAACAUGUUCGAGAACGGCUGUUACUUGCGCCGCCAGAAGCGCUUCAAGUGCGAGAAGCAGCCAGGGACCGGGGGCGGGAGCGGCGGCGGCGCCAAGGGCGGCCCUGAGAGCCGUAAGGACCCCUCGAGCGCUGCCAACCCCAGCGCCGACUCGCCCCUUCAUCGGGGCGUGCACAGUAAGGCCGGCCAGCUAGAGGGCGCGCCGGCCCCCGGGCCCGCUGCCAGCCCCCAGACUCUGGACCACAGCGGGGCGGCGGCGACAGGGGGCGCCUCGGAGUUGAAGACUCCGGCCUCCUCGGCUGCACCUCCGAUCAGCUCCGGGCCUGGGGCCCUGGUGUCUGUGCCCCCCUCCCACCCGGCGCAUGGCCUGGCACCCCACGAGUCCCAGCUGCACCUGAAAGGGGACCCUCACUACUCCUUCAACCACCCUUUCUCUAUCAACAACCUCAUGUCCUCCUCGGAGCAGCAGCACAAGCUGGACUUCAAGUCAUACGAGCAGGCGCUACAGUACUCGCCCUAUGGCACCGCACUGCCCGCCAGCCUACCCCUCGGCAGCGCCUCGGUGGCCACGAGGAGCCCCAUUGAGCCCUCAGCCCUGGAGCCAGCCUACUACCAAGGUGUGUAUUCCAGACCCGUUCUAAACACUUCUUAGCUCCCUGGGACUGGGGGUUUGUCUGGCAUGGCCAUGCUGGUAGCAGGAGAGAGAGAGAGAAAGAGAGAAAUCAACAGCAAACAAAACCACACAUACCAAGCCGACAGCAGCAUAGUAAAAGCCCAACUAUUUUUAUUUUAUUUUUUUGUGCACAAUCUUUCCCCCAGUACAAAAGACUGUUACUUUGUUACUGUUGUUCCGAAUGCUUUGUGUAUAUUACUACAAAAAAAAACAACCCCAAACCAACAAAAAUUUUUCCUGCAAAGUUUAAUGAUCCACAAAUGUAUAUAUAUAAAAUCCUCCUACUUCCUUGUCCCUCUCCCUUUCUUUCCUCUUCCACCUGCAGACGUGUUCUAGUCUGUGCAGGAUUUAUUUAAAAAAAAGAAAGAUGGUCAAGCUUGUAAAAUAUUUGUUUGUGCUUUUUUUUCCCCUCCUCACCUAACCCCCAUCCCCACAUACACACACACAGGAGUUUACAGGUCUAUGGCAAUACUCUUAACCAUAAGAACUGAAAGGGUGGAAAACAAGUAGACACUAGGGCUGUUAAAAGUAUUGAAGGACAAUGCUGCCAUUAUGCAGCAAAACAUAAACAGAUUAUAAACAUCAGAGCCACUUGUUUUUCAGCUUACAUUUCGGAUACAUUCAG